CUCUAGCCUCCGCCCUCCUCCAUCUACUCCGUGCUGUAAAUUGUAAUCUCAAUCGCUAAUAAAAGCCCAGCAAACAGCGAUCUCUAUAAAAUAUCAGGGCUAACCGGACCAACUCACAUUGCGGAAAUGUUUGCUGCGCCGCAAUCGACAGGGAAGAUAAGAAUGUCGGGUGCGCAGCAGCACUGCUAGGACCCCCAAGCCUAAAACCUCCAGCAGACAAGACACUGCGAGGAAUCAUGGCAGACAGCAGAUCUUAAUGUUUUCGGUCGAUCAUAGGUCUGGCAUUCGAAGUGGUAUCCUAAAGUAAACGGCAAAACAGCACAAACCCCUACCGGCUCUUCCUCGAUCUCGAUAUCUAUCCCCUUUCUUAUUCGGAUUCCUAGCAGGCUUUCCGAACAACUCGAGGUUCUGUCUGAGACAAGCAGGAAAAUUGGAAAUUGCCAAUCCAACUCAUGCCUAGGCGCUAGUUUGCCAAUUUUCUCUCGUUCACCCUAUCGUUAAGUCCAAGCAAUGUGGAUGUUCCACAGGUCAGUACUGUUGUAGUGAUCAUCACUCAGCAAAACAUUUGUUCUCCAGCUAGCGACUUGUUAGUUGGCAAAUAGACAGUAAGGAUCUCCAAAGAUUCUUCUGCAGUUUCCAUCCAUUAUUCAAUGCUUCUUGGCUCUGAUCAGUUUCUUCGCGGCUUCCAAUGCAUCAUUUCAGCUCUGCCACACUUGUGCACAUUUUUUUGGGCCAAAUGCACCUGGUAUGAAUCUUCCAUUCCCUGCAGGCUCGCACACACUAAAACGGUAGAGAAUAAAACUUGAAUACGAAGCAACAUCCCGAAUCAUCACUAUUAUUGUUUUGUUCUCCUCGAGACCGACAUUCUGCGCAAGGAGAAGAGCGAACACGCGUCACCUUGAGCGUUCCUCGUGUGGAUAGGGUUGAUGAUGCUAUUGACCGCAAACCUCCACAACUUGUCUAAAAGUAGAACAGCCUCUACUCGAAGUCGCGGCUCUCCGGUCAGCAAUCUGUGGGCUCAAGAAAUCCAUCAUCAGUCAAGACCACAAAAAGUGGCAUCCGCGGUAUUCAGUUGAACUAGCUUCCGCAACCCCUAGACAAUCUCAGUCAAUCGUGAUAGUUGAAUUUUCUAUAUUCAUACUACUGUUCAGCUAGAAAAAAAUUCCCAUGGAAUUUUUUUUGCUUGUCAAUCUUUUCCCGGGUUUUCACCUCUGGAAGGCAGCACGCCAGACCAGCAGCUCCAGCCCGGGUACGGCUGGUGUUGCUUGUCACUUACUUCCCAUCCUCAAUAUAUUAUUGACAUAAAAUACUAUCCCAGGAUGCAAUUGUCAUUGCUACUUUGUAACAAUCGCAUGAAAAAAGGAUAUUGCUAUGGAAAUCCCAUAUGUUGCGGAUUGAAAAUGAGCAGUACGGAUCCGUAACUAAGUAGAUCAAUAUUUCUUAUUUGUUCUCUGCUGGCGGAUCGUCGCAGUCUCAAAUUUCGGAUAUCCUACCACCUAGGAGUUCACUACCACUAAGGGGGGGGGUCUGAGCGCUCAACCGCAAAACGACAUAUAAACAUAUAUGUUUGCCUAGCACGUUUCGUUCCUGUCUGCUCUGAACCUCUUUACUUUUAAUCUUCACUCUCAAUCCUCUUCAUAAUUUCAACUUCUCUACCUCUCUCCCCCCUGAUCACUUUCGCAUCCCGCCCUCCCGCGCCUCAACCCCAACCCACUACACACCGCCCAUACAAAAAGCAAACAAAAAAAAUAUGAAACACAACCCCUUCCUGCUGGCCCUCUCCGUCGUCCUCUCUCUCUGCGCGCCGGCAUACAGUCAAACCGAUAACCAAAUGCCCAAAUGCGCCCUCCCUUGCCAAGAAGCCGUUGAGCGUGUCACAACCUGUCGCAAGGACGACUACAAAUGUAUCUGCGAGCCGGAGAACUUCAAAAAGAUCGCGUCGGAAUCGGCACCGUGCGUCUAUGAGAGGUGCGGUGUCGCUGUUGCUUUGAGCGAAGUCAUGCCCGCCGUAAAUGAGAUGUGCGAAGCUCAUAAGUGAGGACGGAAACGUGAGGGCGAAGUUAGCAUAGUACAUGUACAUGUACAUGUACAUGUUACAUUCAUAAAAACUUCAAGGUCUACGUGCGUUUUAUCUAUCCGGCCAGUUCCAAUUAUAAUAAUAUAACAACUACAACGGCUGGCUUUCUCUCCCUCUCCUCCCUCUCCUCCCUCUCCCUCAACCACACACCCCCAUGAGGGAUAGGGAUGAAGCGGGACCUAGGCCUAGUUAAUUGUUGGAAAUUCAGAGGGCGAUCAAGAAUCCUAAACCUGGGUGUUUUCAGCCGGACAAUAUACAAGACGACCCGAGUAUUUAUUUUCUAAUUUCCCUUUGAUUAAGAUGUGUCUGGCUAUGGGGUGAGAAGUGAUAGCAGCUAUCAAAUGAAGUCACACUUGUAGACAAGUUCCUUUAAUCAUUUGGAACAAACAGCUUUUACAUUAUAUCCUACUUGUUUCCAACCAACAUGUAAGC